GUGAUAUAAUAAACAGGCUGGGGAUGUAAGGAUUCUUGUGAACGUCAUCGAAAAAGGACUUCAUUUGUAAGAUACACUGCAAAAAGAAGGCGGUUUUAUAUAACUGUAUUUAUUCCAUUUAUAAAGAAAUGGAAAUUUCUGGCGAAACUGUCAAAUUUGGAAGAAGAUCAGGAUCAUCAAGACAAUCUCCUGUUCAGGAGGAUAGGCUCGAGAAUGAAGGUCAGCGCAGCCGAGACAAUGUGGCAGUGUUAUCAAAAGGUGACUGGGAUCGUAUCCAGACACAGUUGUCCCGGACAUCACAAGAAGCUGAGAGAAUAAGGAAACUAAAGUUGGAGAAGGAAGAACUACAUCAAAGGUCAAAGGACAUGGUGAAGAAUUGGAGCAAUACAAUUGCUGGUCAAAGACUAAAAAAACUUGAGGCAAGAAAAAUCCGGGAAGAAAAGGAAGAAAAAGAAAGAGUCCAGAUUGAUAUUGAAGAAGCUAAGUUUCAAGCUGAAAAACGAAAGGAAGCAAUUGAGAAAGCGAAAACUCUGCAAUACUACCAAACAGACAGGGUUAAAGGAUUUCAUGGUGCAUUGUUGUUAACAGAAGUCUUAAAGGAAAGAGAAGCACAAAUUGAACUUCAGAAAGCAAAGGAAGAACAUUUAAAAAAUAAAGAUAAGCAUCUUCUAGAAAAAUAUCAGAGAGAUUUGGAGGCAGGUAUCCUGGAAGACCAUAACAAGGCAUUAAAAGCUCUCACUGCACAAAGAGAAGUCUCAGAAUUCCAGAAACGACAGAUCCAAGAACACAUCAAAGUAGAAACAGAUGCAAAGAUGAAAGACAUUAAAGAAGGACAGGAAUUGAAACACCAGCUGGAGGUUUAUAAUGCAGAAAAGGCAAGAAUAGAGGACAUACGACGUGCUGAAAAAUUAGAUCUCAUGAGGGCACAUAAACAAACAGUGAGCGACAGAGACCUAAUUCGAGCUGCUGAACGACAGAAAGAAGAGGAAGAAGAAGAUGAGAUACGCAUCUUUGCCAAAGCCAAAAAGAAGAUGACACAACUGAGGAAAGAAAGAGAACAAGAGUUAUGGCAGAAAAAACAAGACCAUCUGUAUUCUAUGGUUGAAAAGUUGGACAGUCAACUCAAGCAGGCUAAAGACGAUGAAGAUGACCGCAUUGCACGUGCAGUUGCUGAGAAAGAGGCUAAAAUUCAGAAGGAAACUCAAGAGAAAGAGAAAGCAUUUGCAGAAACACUGACGGAAACUGCGAAACAUCGCGCAGAGCAAAUGAAACGAAUGCAAGAUGAGAAGCGUGCCGAGCGUAAAAAGGAGUUUGAAGCUCUGAGGCUAAAAGAAGAGGCUGACGCUCUGUUCUUCGCCAAACAGAUUGAGAAAGAAAAUAAACGAAAAGAAGCAAUGAAAGCGCUGCAAAAGGUGCAUGUACAGCAGGUAGAAGAGUGCCAAGCUAUUGAGAAGGCAAACCGCAAGGAACAGCUUGCCAUGGAUCAAAAGAAUCUUGAUCUCUUAGCUGUUGAAGAGCAACAAUUCCAGGAAUAUGCUACUAAAGUUAUUGAUCACUGCAAGAAGGGUGGCCGCAAUGUGUACCCUCUGGUUAAAGCAGCUCGUGAGGGCCAUGGUGGAGGCCAAGGACCUGUGUUUGAAGGAAAAGGUGGAAUCCGGCCUAGCUACCUGGUUCAGGACAAAAGUGCAGUUGAGCUGCCUCAUUAUCAGAAAGGAAGUACAGAAGAGAUCAAAUCGCUUCAUGUAGGCCAGUCUGCCAACACACGCAACAGGCUAGGAUUUGUAUGGUGAUUAAAUGGAAAAUCAUAUUUCUUCAAAAUACUGUUGGGUUUAUUCUGAAGUUCCGUGUAAUUUAAAUUCCAGGUUUAAGAUUCUUCCAAAGAGAAAAAUUGACACUAAAACAAAGACUUUAUCGUGUAUUAUAAUGAUUUAUUUUAUCAUUUAAAUAUAAUUAAUAAUUUCAUUAAAAAUUAUCAACAUUGUACAUAGUUGAAUUGUAUGAUAUUCAUGAAAAAUAAAUAUAUAAUUAUAGCAUCUAGUUUUUUUUAUAUCAUUUUAGCAACAUUUAAAACUGAAGUUUGCAUUUCAAAUUCAGAACUAUUUUCCAAAUUCAAUUGGUGGUAAUGGUACACAGGAACAGGAUGCGGUGACAGGAAAGAAAUUAUAACCAAUUAUAAACUACAACAGCAUCUCCAUUGAACACGACUACUGGUAUGUGACAGAGGGUACAAAAAUGAAUAGGUUCAGUUUUUUUUACUGUGGUCACAUUACACUACAGCGCCCAGUGCAUGUUUAUUAUUUUUAUGACCCAAAGACUGCCCAACGAUCAAUCGCAUCAUACAAUGCUUUAUAGGGACUGCGGUUUAGUAGUCACUGGAAAGACUCAAGUUGGAGCCCUAAAAUUGGAAAAGCAUUUAAAUCCCCUAGUUAUUCUAAUCUAUUUCUUGAGGUUUAAACUGUUUUCUUGAACUUGAACAUUAAUUCGUACAUAUAAAGCGUAUCAUCCAUGAUGUAGCUGAAAAAAGAAUGAGAGGUCAUUGAUUAAAGGUCAAGGUCACUCACCUUUUUAGUUUGCAUAUUACACUCUUCAAUCUAAAAGAUUUCUUUAUUGUCCACUACAUUAAUAAUGAUUGUGGUAGAAAAAUUUAUUUUAUUUUUUUGCUAUAUAAACUACUAAAAACAUACUCAUUAUAAAAUAUAUUUCAAGGAAAUUAUAUUAUAGAUUUAAUCUCAGCCCUGAGGGAUAAUUAUACAUGUUUAAUUAAUACAGAGAACAACUAAGAAUGUGGAUAUGUUGUAUAAAAUAAUUGAAUAUUUUAUAGAGGCUGUAUCUAUGGUGCUUCCUAUAAAAAAUAGUUUUAGCAAUA